AUUUGUGUACCUUUGGCACAAUAUUUGAAAAUAAUGCAGAGGUUUAUACACGGAACACUAGGUUUCAGAUUUCGACGUGGAAUUACCUAAUCUUACCUGUCUUCCGUGAACCCGUUUCGUAAUAAAACCUUAGCUAUGCAUUGGCUUCUUACUGUCACUAUGAUUUUUCUAACCGCACUGGUCUUGGUGAACACGUCAGAAGAAUCCGAAGCUAAACACUUAAACUCAGCUGAAGCGCCGACACUUGACAGCUUGGUGGAUGAUGCAAAGUUCAAUUCUGUUUUCGAAGAUGAAACUUUCGGACAAAAUUCACAACACAAACCCCUGUUUAAUAGACGAUCUUCAAAGUCUCAGUCGCGCGGCAUGCUUUAUCCACAUUGGCCUGAAGUGGAGGCUGGAAACGUGCUGGAUAUUGAUUGGGACCCUCAUCCACCGAAACGAGGUGGGCUAACAUGUUGUUAA